ACACGUUUGCAGAGAGGGGUCUUUUUUCUUCGCCUUCACAACGCCGCCUGUUGCAGGGUGCAAGCCUCCACUGUAGCAUGUUGAAAAUUAUCGGAUUCUUUCUCGUGGUCUAUUUGACAAGCACCACACAAAGUAUUCUUUCGCUAGGGAAAACGGUGAAGGAAGGAGAAAACGUUGACAUAGGCUGCUCACUUUCGGCAAACGAGGGGGUCAAUUGGUUCUUCCAGCCCGAAAACUCCAAGCUAAAAUUCCUGCUGUACUUCACAAGCUCGGGCAAAACAAUGUACAAAAAGGACAGCAGGCUCGAGUGCAGGAGAUCCACCGGCACUGUUUCUCUAACCGUGAAAGGUUUCAGAAAGGAACACUCGGGGAAGUAUUAUUGCGUUAUGGUGAGGAACAUGAACAUGGAAUUCGGUAACGUGGUCGCUCGGUAUCUGGAAGAGAUUAAAACCACUCCAAAGACAACAACGGCCGUUACUUCGGCAACGGUGAAACCAACCACAGCGAGUGAAAAGACCUCAUGUACAACAGCUGAAUCAGGGCUGGCGAAGAAAGUGGGUAAAAUAUCCUGCCAUUUGUUCAUCUGGGGUCCACUGACGUGCGCCGCCUCGAUGUUGCUUCUCGCGCUGAUCGUUGUCUCCAUCCUUUACUGUAAAAGGCCCCGCCGGAGACGCUGUCAGCAUCAAUUCAGAAGGAGACCAAUACCUGAAGGUAUUCGAAGACCACCUUCGAACUACCAUUAACAAGUUAAUUCCGGAAAAUAUGUGCAGCGUGGAUGGAAUCAUCUCUCCAAUUUAGUACACGGGACUGCGUUGGAUUGAGCGUGCGACCGAUGGAGAUCUCCUCAUCCGGACUUGCCAUAUGCACAUCGUUCAUUGGUUUCCCUUUUCGUUCUGUUUAAGGUUCCUCCAGCUAAAGGACACUAAUGCUUGUUCCAUGAAUAUGCCAAUAAGUGGGCCAAUGGUCAGUACUAUUGGUUUCCCUGAAAAGUGCUUAAGAAGGAAUGGUUAUAGAAUAUGAAGCUGUAUUUCCUUUCAGAUUCGUUUUAUUUUUUAUAAUUAUGAGAAAUCCCUGGCUAAAAUGUAAAUAUAUCAUUUCAGCUAUUGGCGCUGAACAAACUCUAGCAUUGUAUAUUCUGGCACCCGGUGGGGCUGGGCAUUUCAUACUCAAUGGACCGCGUCUUGAUCAUGAGGUGAGUCCGACAUUGAGUCCUCAAGUAACAAAACCCUCAUUUUUAAAAUGAAGUUGUACUAACACGUGGCCAAAAUAAUUGCUCUGCGGUACUUUUUUAUUUGGCACUUUAGAGAGCGGGGUCUGUGAAUUGGCUCGAGGAACGGAGGGGCUGAGCACAGAGAUCUGCAAAGUCGACGUUUGCUAUAAUUUCCCCUCUGGCCCCGAAGUUGCCUCUUGACAGUGAAGAGGUCAGUCCUGUGGAGAGUUGAUGGGGGUCGGGAUAUCAGAACUUGUGAGUUUCUGUAGACGGGUUUCUAGUCCCAGCCAUUUCGUUCACAUCUUUGUAACAAACUGGAUUGAAUCAGUUUUGCGCGAGGGGCACCGGCCCGCUGAAUAGGCUUGGAUCAAACAAGAUCCGGCAAAAUUCAGACGGCGAGAUAGCACCUGGUUGCGUCUCGAUAUUAUUAUUGUGUAAUUAUUUCAAUACAGCAUAACGCCACAUUUUAGAAACCGUUCUUUUUGCCAGGGCUUGCACGUUGUUUAAUAAUCGUUUUGAUGAUUCGUUAACAUGUGACCUGAGAAAUCCCAUUAUUUCGCCGCAUCCCGAGCUGUUCGUUCUCGGUGCUUGCCGAUUCUUGUCUUCUGGCUAAUUUGAAAUGAGUUAGGAUGUAGCUGUUGAGAUAAUAAACCGUUCAGUAA